CCACUUCCUAGCAACCAAUCCCCAACACAAUACACCAAGAUGGACUUCUCCUCGUUUAGCCAGUCGGAGCAGACGGCGAUGCAGCGCAUCAUCGAGCAGAAGCAGAUGAAGGACUUUAUGCGCCUCUACACGGGGCUCGUCGAGCGAUGCUUCGACAGCUGCUGCAACGACUUUACGUCCAAGGCGCUCAGCUCCAAAGAGGAGACGUGCGUCGAAAACUGCACGCAAAAGUGGUUGAAGCACAGCGAACGGGUUGGAGCGAGAUUCCAAGAGGAGAAUGCAAAGAUGAUGCAAGGUCCGGGCAAGUGAGAGCUCCGGUGAGGAAGGAAGAGGAUAAGCCAACGACAGGGUAGGGAGAGGUGUAAGAGGCGGUGGACGAGCACGACAGCGACAAGCGUCUCGCUGCAUAGGCGAGGCGCUCUGUAUACAUAACAAACUUCACCAAUCAUCACAGACGACGAGGACCUCAAUACAGAGCAGC